CACUUGUCCGUCCGUCCGUCAAUCCGCACUCACAGGAGAGUAAUUAUGUGGCUAGAGGGACAAUAGGUUCUCUUUGAUGUCAUUCAUUCCAUAAUGUUUUUAUGUGGCUAUUUUCUUUUGCGUGGCUAAAAGAACAAUAGAGAGAACAAUAGAGUAGCCACAUAAUUACUAUCCUGUGAGAACGUCCGUCCGUCCGUCCGUACGUCCCGAAAUCUUGUGAAUGCAACUCCUCUUAAACCGGAUGGCAGAUUUUGCUUAAACUUACAGGGAUGAACAACCUUAAUGUGUAGAUGGUAGUAAAGGUAGGAAUUUUCGCUGCGACCAAAUUUAACAGAAUUAUGGCCCUUUGUUGAUUUUUUCAUUAGAUACUAUGUAGAAAUUUUGUGAACGCAACUCCUCUUAAACCGGAUGGCAGAAUUUGCUUAAACUUACAGGGAUGAAUAACCUUAAUGUGUAGAUGGUAGUAAAGGAAGGAAUUUUUGCUGCAACCAAAUUUAAUAGAAUUAUGGCCCUUUGUUGAUUUUUUCACUAGAUACUAUGUAGAAAUUUUGUGAACGCAACUCCUCUUAAACCGGAUGGCAGAAUUUGCUUAAACUUACAGGGAUGAAUAACCUUAAUGUGUAGAUGGUAGUAAAGGAAGGAAUUUUUGCUGCAACCAAAUUUAAUAGAAUUAUGGCCCUUUGUUGAUUUUUUCACUAUAUACUAUGUAAAAAUUUUGUGAACGCAACUCCUCUUAAACCGGAUGGCAGAUUUUGCUUAAACUUACAGGAAUGAACAACCUUAAUGUGUAGAUGGUAGUAAGGGAAGGAAUUUUUGCUGCGACCAAAUUUAACAUAAUUAUGGCCCUUUUUUAGCUCACCUGUCACAAAGUGACAGGGUGAGCUUUUGUGAUCGCUUUUCGUCCGGCGUCCGUCCGUCCGUCCGUCGUCCGUCCGUCGUCCGUAAACUUUUACUUUAAACGACAUCUCCUCAUAAACCGCUGAGCCAAUUUCAUUCAAACUUCACAGGAAUGUUCCUUUGAUGGUCACCUUUAAAAAUUGUUCAAAGAAUUUAAUUCCAUGCAGAACUCUGGUUGCCAUGGCAACCAAAAGAAAAAACUUCAAAAAUCUUCUUUUAAAAAACCAAAGAAGCUACAGCUUAGAUAUUUGGCAUGAACCAUCUUCUAGUGAGUGUCUACCAAGUUUGUUGAAAUAAAAGCCCUGGGGUCAAAAUUGGCCCCGCCCCAGGGGGGGUCAUUGUUUUUCCAUAUAUGUAUAUAGUAAAAACUUUAAAAUCUUCUUUUAAAGAACCCAAAGAGCUAGAGCUAAGAUAUUUUGCAUGAACCAUCUUCUAGUGAGUGUUUACCAAGUUUGUUGAAAUAAAAGCCCUGGGGUCAAAAUUGACCUUGCCCCAGGGGGGGGGGGGGUCAUUGUUUUUCCAUAUAUGUAUAUAGUAAAAACUUAAAAAUCUUCUUAUAAAGAACCAAAAUAGCUAGAGCUGUGAUAUUUGGCAUGAAACAUCUUCUAGUGAGUGUCUACCAAGUUUAUUCAAAUAAAAGCCCUGGAGUCAAAAUUGGCCCCGCCCCAGGGGGGUCAUUGUUUUUCCAUAUAUGUAUAUAGUAAAAACUUAAAAAUCUUCUUUUAAAAAACCCAAAGAGCUAGAGCUACGAUAUUUAGCAUGAAACAUGUUCUAAUGGAUGUCUACCAAGUUUGUUUAAAUAAAUGUCCUAGGUUUAAAAUUGGCCCUGCCCCAGGGGGGUCAUUGUUUUUCCAUGUAUGUAUAAAGUAAAAAUUUUAAAAAUCUUCUUUUAAAAAAAUAAAGAGCUAGAGCUUAGAUAUUUAGCAUGAAACAUCUUCUAAUGGGUGUCUACCAAGUUUGUGUAAAUUAAUGUCCUAGGGUUAAAGUUUGCCCCGCCGAGGGGCGGGGGGUCAUUGAUUUCCCUACAUGUAUGUAGUAAACUCUGUUAUUCACCAAAAUGAAAUGAUUUUAUUUGAUCUUGUUUGUUUUUAUAUUUGCAUAGCGAUACAGAACAGUACAGUGAUAUUGAACGGCAUAUUUAUUAGUGCAUAUUCCAUUAAACUAAAUGAAAAGAGACCAACCUUACCAAAAAAUGUGCCAUUGAUGAAAUUCUAUUUGAUAAUUAUAAAUUUCAUUUUUAUAAUCAUAAAUUUAUUCUUACAUUAUUUGUUUAUAUUUACUCCUUUCAUGCUUAGUUGAUCAGAUUUGAUCCUAAAUUAUUUCAUCAGUGAGUUAAGAGGGUCUCUUACAUACUGGAAUGUUACCACCUGGCUGACCAUGCUUGUGCUUAUUUUAUCUUUGUUAUACAAUUUCCUUCUGAUUUAAGUAAAAAUGUAAAGUAAAAUAAAUAUUUAUUACUUUUGCUCCUGUUUUUAGAAAAAAGAGUUUUACAUACAUGUAUGAAGGUGCAUUUAAAGGAACAAUUGUGAUAGAUAUUAUUUAAAUAAAGUUUAUAAAUUGUAUAUCUUAAACAAGUAUCUUGUGUGUCUUCUGUGCCAGGUGGGUAUAAUAUAUUAUAUUUUUCAUAGUAUCGUCCCAUUGGACACAAACAUUUAUAGAAGAGACUAUUUGAAAGAUAGCUACAGAUAAACAAUAUUUAUUGUGAAAUAACAUUGUGAUAUUUAACAGAGACAGCAUAUUUGUGAUUCUGGAUUGUGCUUGUGACGUGUAAUACAUUGUUAACUUAAUAGUGCCUGUGACACUUAAUAGUGCUUGUGACACUUAAUACUUUGUGACAUCAAGUUGUGACACUUCAGUGUUUCUGAAACUUUAAAGUGCUUCUGCCACAGCGUUGUUUGAGAACUGCUCCAGUGAUAGCCUUCCAGCAUAAGAAAGUUAGACAUGCCACUUAGUAAAGCAUGGAAGAAGGCAAAGGCCAGGAGGGCAGUAUUGGUGAAUAGGGAGCAGAUGUUGGCAGAAGAUCCGGAUGUAGUCCCUGUCAUAAGUCCGGUCAUCGUGCCGGCAGACAGGGCCCCAUCAGCACCUGUCAUAGGUCCGGUCAUCGUGCCGGCAGACAUGGUCGCUGGGGCAACUGAUGUAGGUCCGUUCAAUGUGACGGCAUUCAGAGCCCAAAAAGCACCUGAUGUAGGUCUGGUCAACGCACCAGCAUUCAGGGCGCUUGAAAGUCCGUUCAUCUGUACGGCAAACGAAAGUCCGUUCAUCAGUACGGCAAACACAAACAAAACAAAUGCUAUAUAUUCCGAAAUGGAACAAAUAUUAUCUCAGAAUUCAAAUUUGAAUCAAAGAGUAUGCAAUACAUCUUCUGCAAUGCAAAAAGAUCAAGGAAAAAUUGUGGGUCAGUCCUGUGAGACCUAUUGCACUGGUAUGCCCUUCAGUUGCUUGUCCUUAGUAUUUGGUUCUUUCAGUCAAGCAAAUAAUAGAUUUUCUAUUCAAACUAGAGGUAGUCAAUGCACUAUUAACUCAUUAUGUGCUUUAAUAUAUUCAAAAUAUUCUGAUUUGAUAACAACAGAAAAUAUUGAUGAGGUACUAAACAUUGGAGAUAUGCUGUACAGGGAUGUUGUUAAUAAUUUAAAACAACUUGGUAAAUUUAAGCACCGAUUGUUAAGUCUUGACGAAAUGCCUGAUCAAGUAAAUGUUUUGUCCAAAGUGGUAGAAAUAAGAAAAGGAAACAUUGUAUCAGGAAUGACAAUUCAGCAUUUUGGAGAUACAGACUUGCCAACUUUACAUCAAGCCUUGCAUGAAGCAUUUCAGAGUGCACACCACGCAUUGGUCAUGAUAGGAUCAAUUUGUUCUGCUGUGUUUCUUAAAGAUGAAGAGUUUUGGCUGUUUGAUUCACAUUCACAUGGAGAAUAUGGACUGUCAAAUGUUGAUGGAAAGUCUGUUUUGAUGUCCUUUGAUAAACUUGAAGACCUUGUGACAUUUAUGUAUGCUAUGUAUGAAAGUGCAAAUAUUGAUAUAAUGAGUCAAUAUGAAAUAUUGCCUUUGAAUUUUAGUGUAGUUAAAUGCAAUUCACAAUAUCAUAAUAUGUACAUUAAAGAUCAGCAGAAAAUAUCUGAUAACAGUAAAACUGAAGCUGAUGAUCUUUGGCAAACAGUUUCUUACAAAAAGCAAAAGAAAUUCAGUAACAUUUCUGUCAUGCCAAGUAAUGAACAAUCAUGUGAAGUAGUAAAAAAAAGCAUUAAGCAACAGUCUGUUUACCAUAAAGUAAAAGAAAAUACAUAUAGUUAUCCUGCAGUUGGGCUUAAGACAAAAAUGAAAAAUGAUACAAUACUUAUUGGGAAGUACUUUAAACACCAAUACCAAAAACAGCAACAGAAGGAUAAAAAAGGAGAAAGUGAUAGAAAAGCCUACAUGAGACUGUACAUGCAAAAGCGAAGGCAAAGUGAUCAAUUCAAAGUAAAAGAUAAAGAAUUCACAUUAAGGUCAAAACGAAAGGCAAGAUUAGAUCCACUUAAACUAGAACAAGAGAAAAUAGCAAAACAAGAAUGUCGAAAAUGUCCUGAAUUCAAAAAUAAAGAAGUUAAGAUACAAAAUAAAUCGAAACGAAAGGCAAGGUCAGACGAAGAAUUCAAGCAUAAAGAAAUAGAGAUACAGAAUAAGUCCAAAAAAAAGGCGAGGUUUGAUCCACUUAUACUAGAGCAAGAGAAAAAAGCAAAACAAGAAUCUCGAAAAUGUCCUGAAUUCAAGCAUAAAGAAAUUGAGAUACAAAAUAAAUCAAAACGAAAGGCAAGGUUAGACGAAGAAUUCAAGCAUAAAGAAAUUGAGAUACAAAAUAAAUCAAAACGAAAGGCAAGGUCAGACGAAGAAUUCAAGCAUAAAGAAAUUGAGAUACAAAAUAAAUCAAAACGAAAGGCAAGGUCAGACGAAGAAUUCAAGCAUAAAGAAAUUGAGAUACAAAAUAAAUCAAAACGAAAGGCAAGGUCAGACGAAGAAUUCAAGCAUAAAGAAAUUGAGAUACAAAAUAAAUCAAAACGAAAGGCAAGGUCAAACGAAGAAUUCAAGCAUAAAGAAAUUGAGAUACAAAAUAAAUCAAAACAAAAGGCCCGAUCGAAUGAAGCAUUCAAACAAAAAGAAACUGAUGUACAGAAUAAAUCAAAACGAAAGGCAAGGUUAAAUCCAUACAUAUUAGAAAAAGAAAGAGUUGCUAAGCAACAGCGGAGAUUAGAUGAAAGAAACAAAAGCAAAGAAAAAAUACUAGAUUGUAAAAGAAAAUCUGAAAAACGUAAAAAUCCAUUAUUUUUAGAAGCAGAAAAGAUAACUGCAAAACGAAACAAAAGUGGUAAUGAUAUUGAAGUGUGUAUUGCGAAGUUCCAUCAAAACAUACAAGAAGGUCCCAUCUAUGUUUGUAGUUCAUGCCACCAGACAUGGUUUAAGGAAUCUGUAUCAGAUGUUCUUACUUUGACUUCUAAAGACAAAAAUAAGUACUUAACUGGUCUAAAGUCAGUAGAUGAUAAAGAAUGGAUAUGUGCUACAUGUAAGCAUAAUAUUAAAAAAGGGAGAUUACCUGCAUUGUCAGUUUUAAAUGGAAUGGAGUGGCCAACAAAACCAAAAGAAUUGGAUCUGUUUCCUCUGGAAGAACGUUUAAUAGCCUUGCGCAUUCCAUUUAUGCAAAUUAGAGAACUACCAAGGGGGCGUCAGUUAUCUAUAAAAGGGAAUGUUGUUAAUGUUCCAGUUGAUAUCCAACCAGUUGUUAACACUCUACCAAGACCCAUGAAUGAAAACAUUACUGUAGCUGUGAAAUUAAAGAAAAAGAUGUCUUUUCAGUCUUGUGCAUUUUCUGAAAAUGUUCGGCCACUUCGAGUACUUGUUGCUUUACAUUGGUUGAUGAACAAAAGCAAUCUUUAUAAAAAUGCAAAUAUUAACAUUGAUGAGCAGUGGAUUAAGGAUGUAACAGAAAACUGUAAUGAAGUCAUAAAUGAAUUUUUUGAGUCAAAAGUAACAUCUGAAAUUGUGCCGGAGUGUGACACUGAUGAUAAUAGAGAUGCAUAUAAUGAUUCUCAUUGUUCCAGUGAUAAUGUGUCCAAAACAUUGCACAAAUAUUUUGAGGAAAAUAUUAAGCUAUAUAAAACACUGGGCACUGUUGACUUUGAAGACUGUGUUAGUGAAGUUAUUGACUGUGCAAAAAUAAAAAAUACCGAAAAUAAAAUUUUGCAUUCAGUAGUAGAAGAUUUAUAUGACUCUGAUGCUGAAGAAGUUUUAAAUGAAAAUGUUGGAAAUAUUGACACUCUUUUAGAUGAUGCAGAUAUUGAAAACAGACAUGCUACUUUUACAUUUGCACCUGGUGAGGGUCAGCAACCACUUAGUAUUUUCCAAGAUAAAGAUUCAGAGUAUCUGUGUUUUCCUAGCAUAUUUUGCGGUCAAAGGCGUAUUGAUAAUGAACAAAGAAAAGUACCAGUUCAUUAUGGUGACAUUGCCAAGUGGGAACUUCGAAGUCAAGAUAGACGUGCAGCAAACAGUGUGCCUAACAUAUUUUUUAAAUUAAAAAAAAUACAGAUGAAACAAUUAAAUGACAAGUCAAAUUUAGCUGUUAGAAGAAUUCAGACUGGUACAAACAAAUUAACUGCUGCCCAGGCAAGAAAUGGUGAAUGCAUGGAUACAAUUGUAAAAAAUGAUCAAGGUUACUAUUUGUUCAAACAGCUGAGAAACAGUCCAGCUUACUUAGAAUCCAGAAAGAAAGAUGUUUAUGCAAUGCUAAGACAGUUAGGUAUACCAACUUGGUUUAUGUCCUUGUCUUCUGCUGAUACCAGAUGGACAGAUCUUCUUAAAAUCCUUGCAAAUCUAAAUGAAAAAGAUAAGUACAGUGAUGAACAAAUAGAAAACCUCACUUGGGAACAAAAAAUAAAAUUGAUUCAGUCAGAUCCAGUUACUUGUUCUAGGUUUUUUGACCAUAGAGUUCAGAAUUUUAUAAAUACUGUUCUUAAAAGUGAUCAUAAACCAUUAGGUAAAGUGACAGAUUAUUUUUAUAGAGUUGAAUUCCAACAACGUGGAUCUCCACAUAUUCAUAUGAUUGUGUGGGUAGAAAAUGCUCCAAAAUUAAAUGUAGACUCAAUUGAAGAGAUAGCAGCAUAUGUGGACCAGUACUUAAAAUGUUCAGUUAACAAUGAAUUUGUAGGGGCCUUGGUAGACAUCCAAAUCCAUAAACAUUCAAGAACGUGUAGAAAAAAACAAGAUCGUAUAUGCCGUUUUGGUUAUCCAUUACCACCUCUGCAAAAAACAAUGGUGUUAUUUCCACUUGAAAAUGACAAGGAGAAAUAUCUCAAACAAUAUGAAAAAAUUCAGAAAAAAAUGAAUGAUGAGAAACAUGGAUAUAAUAUGUCUUUUGAGAAUUUUUUGUCAGAUAUUGUACAGAUGAAUGAGGAUGAUUACAUUAAAUGCAUUAGAAGUUCAUUAAAUUCUCCCAAGGUGUUUUUGAAAAGAAAUCCAAAUGAGAUACGUGUAAAUUUAUACAAUGAUGUAGUAUUGAAAGCAUGGAAAGCAAACACUGACAUACAAUUUGUUUUGGAUCCAUAUGCUUGUGCCAUGUAUAUUGUUUCAUAUAUAAGUAAAUCACAACGUGGUAUGAGUAAUCUUAUGUAUGCUGCUGCAAAGGAAGCAAGAAAUGGCAACCUAGAUAUAAAAAGGCAAGUAAGACACAUUGGCAAUGUGUUUUCGAACAGUGUUGAAGUGAGUGCACAGGAAGCUGUCUAUCUAGUUUUGCAAAUGCCCUUGACCAGAAGUACAAGAGAUGUUGUAUUCAUAAACACUUCUGUACCAAACCAAAGAGUACAAUUGUUAAAACCCAAGUCUGAUCUUGAUGAGUUGCCUGCAGACUCAACUGAUAUCAUGUCAGAUAAUGUGAUAAAAAGAUAUUCAAAACGUCCAAAGGCUCUAGAUAAAUAUUGCUUAGCUGAUUAUGUGUCACAAUUAGAAGUGGUUUACCCAGAUGAUAAAAAAGAUAUAGGUUAUUCAGAACAAAAUGAUGAUGAAAAUAUUGCUGGAAUGUCAGAUGAUGAAUAUUUUGAUGAUUGCCAAAACAUUUGUAUACUGAAAAGUGGUAUAAAAAUCAGAAGACGCCGUAAUUCAAAAAUCAUAAGGUAUGUAAGAUUUAAUAAAAAAACAGAUGAAGAAAACUAUUAUAGAGAAAAACUACUUCUUUUUUAUCCAUGGAGAAAUGAAGAAAAAGAUUUACUUGGACAUUUUGCAACAUACAAAGAACAGUAUGAAUCGGUCCAAAAUGCUGUAAAUGAAAAAUGUGCAUGUUAUGAACAUCAUAUUGAUGAGUUAGAAUUAGCAAGAAAUAUGGCUGAAGCAGAAUAUAAUGCAUAUGAUGAAAUCGCUCCUGGAACUCAGGAAGAAGAAGCAGAAACUGCUGAAGAAGAACCAGUAGAGUCAGAAACAUUUAUAUAUUUCAAUCCUGAUAGAGUUACUGAACAAAGAGAAUAUGAUAUUGGCAUAGAAAUUGGAUGUUCCAUUUCAUCUGCACAAAUCAGUUCUAAUGAAAAUAUUUUACCAGAUGAAGAGUACAGAGCUCUUCUGCGUUCGUUGAACUCAAAACAGAAAGAGUUUUACAAUCAUGUUGUUCACUGGAUAAAAACAAAAGAUGCACCUUUAUAUACAUUUCUUUCUGGUGGUGCUGGUGUUGGUAAAAGUGUUGUUAUAAGAGCAUUGUAUCAAACACUAUAUAGAAUGCUUAAUUUGAAAGAAGGAGAAAAUACUGAUGAUAUAAGGGUACUCUUGUGUGCAUAUACUGGAAAAGCAGCUUUCAAUAUAAACGGCUCUACUAUUUCGUCCGCAUUUAAACAGAAAUACAAACAGUCUGACCAAACAUUAACAUGUGACAGCUUAAAUACAUUCAGAUCCAAAUAUCGAGAUUUAUCUGUUGUCAUAAUUGAUGAAAUUUCAAUGGUUAGUAAUACUAUGAUGAGUUUCAUAAAUCAGAGACUUCAAGAAUUAAAAGGUACUCGCAAACCAUUUGGAGGUGUAAGCAUUAUCGCAGUGGGAGAUUUAUUCCAAUUAAAACCUAUAAAUGGUGGUUGGAUAUUUAAUGAUUUAAGUCGUGAUGCUGCAUCUUUGUCCAUGAACUUAUGGAAAGAACUGUUUGUUAUGUAUGAGUUGUCAGAAGUAAUGAGACAAAAGGAUGAUUUACCAUUUGCAGACUUAUUAAACAGGCUGAGAAUUAACUCACUGACAACAGAAGAUAAAAUGGUCCUUAAAGGUUGUGAAGUUGAAUCCAGUGCUAAGAAUUAUCAAGUUAACUCCCCACAUCUAUUUGCUGAAAAUUAUUACAUGCAUAUUUUCAAUGACACACUUCUAAACAGUUCAAACAAUCAAAAAGUGUCCAUUCUUUGUCAUGAUUCUGUUGUUUCACCAAAAUUGUCAAAGGAUAAACAAGAAGAGGCUAUCAAAAGAUUGCCCACAGAUCCAAACAGAACUGCUAAUCUUCAUUGUUCAUUGGAUAUUGUUGUAGGAAUGUUGUAUGAUUUAACAGUCAAUACAAAUACUGAAGAUGGACUUGCAAAUGGUGCAUCAUGUGUUGUAAAGUUCAUAGAGUAUAAACUGAAGGAAACACAACGUCCUAGUAUCAUAUGGGUACAAUUUGUGGAUUUGAAAGCUGGUUGUGGAACUAGAUUAAAAUAUAAAAAUCGAGGCUUUUAUCACACACAAAUAAAUGAAAAUUGGACACCAACAUUUGAUAUCACAAGGACCUUCACAUAUAACAAAAAAACUUUUGAAAGAAUCCAGUUUCCAUUACAACCUUCUGCUGGGAGAUCAGUUCAUAGAGCACAAGGAACAACACUUGAUAGUGUUGUGAUUGACCUAUCCCAAAGAAAAACACGAAAAGUUCCUCACCUUCAUUAUGUUGCAUUAAGUAGAGUAAGGUCUUUAGAAAAGCUUCAAAUUCUCAAUUUUAAUGAACAGGCUUUACAAGUUGAUGAACAAGUUAAAACAGAAAUGGAGAGAUUGCUUAAAGAUGCUUCUCUAGAAUUGUGUUAUGUCCCCUUGGAAUCUAUACAUGUAUUUUCAAAUAUGGAUUUUAAAAUUGCAUUCAACAAUUGUAGGUCAUUAAACAAGCAUUUCAUUGAUGUGAAACAUGACCAGGGAUUGUUGUCUUGUGAUAUUAUUGGAUUGGCAGAAACUAGAUUACAUGAAAAUGAUAAUGAUUCUUCCUAUCAGAUACAGGGAUACCAUUUAAUACGCAAUGACCAGUGUACUACAUCAACAUCUGAAAGACCUCCGCAUGGGUUACUUAUUUAUGUCAAAGAUGAUGUAUUAAUAAAAUCUGCAGACAGCUUUAGCUCCAAGAAUUUUGAAUUUGUUCUUCUGAAUGUUGCAAGAGAAUUAAGUGAAAUGCAAGUUGUGGUAUUGUAUAAAUCACCAAAAAUGUCUGAUUCUGCUUUUCGCACUGUGCUGACAGAAAAACUCAUUCCACAUUUGGUACCUCAAAAGCCUUUGGUUAUUCUAGGUGACUUUAAUAUUGAUGUUUUAAAGUAUCAUAGGGGUGUUUUGCAGUAUUUGUAUGAUAAGCUUAACUGUAGAUUACGUCUUAAUGAACCUACAACUGAUAAUCUAUCAGCAUUAGACUUGAUAAUAACAAAUAUUGAUGCCACUGUGGGUACAGUAGAAACUUACUGGUCAGAUCACAAGAUUAUCUACUGCCGUACUGAAAGAAUCUCUACACAAUAAAAUCUGUUGCGAGCCUUACUUACCAGUUCUUCUUAAAAAAUUUACCACUGGUGCGAGCCCAGAAAACAGCCAUUGCAUCACUUACCAGUUCUUCUUAAAAAAUUUACCCUCUUAAAACUUAAAGAUAUGUAACGUUAUAGUUUAAAUUUUAACCUUCACCUUAUAACCUACUUCCUGUCAGAAGAUGUAUUCAGGGCCAUCAUGACCCUCUUGUUUAAUUUUGAUUUGCCACAUGAACUCACAUAACCAUUUGUCAACAUAUUAUGACAACAAGAACUAGUGCAGAUUUCAAACUAAUAGGUCAAAUAGGUUCAGAAACUAAGUCACCUGAUCAGAGCUUUGGGAAACCUUUUUAAAACUGAGAUCACCUUUUACCCACUUCAAUUGAAUGUAGAAUGUCAAAAAGCUAGAGUUUAGAUAUUAAGCACGAAGCAUCUUCUAGUGAGUGUCUACAAAGUUUGUUCAAAUAAAAGCCUUGGGGUCAAAAUUGGCCCAGCCCUGGUGACAUUGAUUUUCCUUAUAUGUGUAUAGCAAAAACUUAAAAAUCUUCUUUGAAAAAACCCGAAUAGCUAGAGUUUAGCUAUUAAGCAUGAAACAUUUUCUAGCAAGUGUCUACAAAGAUUGUUCAAAUAAAAGCCCUUUGGUGAAAACUGGCCCUGCCCCAGGUGUGUCAUUGUUUUUAACUAUAUGUGUAAAGAAAAAACUUGACCAGCUAGACCUUAGAUGUUUAGCAUGAAACAUCUUCUAAUGGGUGUCUACCAAGUUUGUUCAAAUAAAAGCCCUGGGGUUUAAACUGGCCCCGCUCCGGGGGCCUUUAUACAGGUGAGCGACUUCAGGGCCAUCAUGGCCCUCUUGUUAUU